UCGAAAUCCCGGGACUUCAGUGAUCUGUCCGUAUACUGUACCGCUCAACAUUUCUUGUGGAAAUCUUGAGACAAGACAACGAGCAGACUAUAUAGAGAGAGCCCUACAGUUGCCAAUUUUGACGGGUUGGGCCCCCCUACCCACAACACCCCACCAUGCCCCUGGUUACGAGGAAUAUAGAGCCGCGGCACGUGUGUCGCCAGACCAUCCCUUCCAACAUCCGCAGUGAGCUGGAAUGUGUCACCAAUAUCAGCCUGGCCAACAUCAUCCGCCAGCUCGGCAGCCUCAGCAAAUAUGCAGAGGAUGUGUUCGGGGAGCUGUUCGUUCAGGCAGGUGCAUUUGCCACCAGAGUAAAUACACUUGGAGAAAGAGUGGAUCGUCUGCAGGUCAAAGUCACCCAGCUGGACCCCAAAGAAGAGGAGGUCUCUCUGCAGGCCAUCACUACCCGUAAGGCCUUCCGCAGCAGUGUCACCCAGGACCAGCAGCUGUUCACCAGGCCGUCUCUGCCAGUGCCUGUACAAGACACCUAUGUGACCUGUAAUCCGCCCCCACCACUUAACUACCUCAGCCAAUACCGGGAUGAUGGGAAGGAGGCUCUGAAGUUUUACACCGAUCCCUCCUACUUCUUUGACCUGUGGAAGGAGAAGAUGCUGCAGGACACCAAGGACAUCAUGAAGGAGAAACGCAAGCACAGAAAGGAGAAGAAAGACCAUCUGAACCAGCGGACGCUCAAUCCCCGAAAGAUCAAGACCAGGAAGGAGGAGUGGGAACGCCGUAAGAUGGGGGAGGAGUUUGUGGUGCCUAAGAACGAUAUGAUGAAUUCUUCUGAGGGUCUGAAUGGCAGUAUUGGAUCUGGAGAUGGUUUCACAUCUGAAGGCCUCGAGCAGAGUACCAGCUCCUACGCUUAUGAUCCUGGCUCCCCACUCUCUCCGCCUGGCACCGAUGACUUCCUGCCUCCUCCACCUCCAGACAUGGCGUAUAAUGACGGACAGUACGGAGCACCAACCCAGAAGCGUGUCAGCAUGCUGAGUCCAAACCACCCACCUCCUGCUCCCCCCAUGGCCUCUUCUCUUCCAAACUCUCGCCCCAACCUCGCCCCUCCCCCUGCACCUCCUCCCCCUCCUCCACCCUCUGGCUUCGGGGUUCCUCCACCUCCCCCUGGCUUCGACAGCCCACCUCCUCCUCCUCCACUCUCCUCCUCUCCCAACGCUCCUCCCCCACCUGCUCCCCCCUCCUCACCUGCUAUGUCCACUGUUUCUCCUCCUCCUCCACCACCUAUGCCUGCAGGUGGCGGCCCACCACCACCUCCUCCUCCACCUCCCCCUGGCCCUCCUCCCCCAUCCUUCGAGCACUCUGCUCCUCCUCCUCCCCCUGGCGGUGGAGCGCCACCCAGCUCUGCUCCCAAACCUCAGCCAGAGCCUGAGGGCGAUGCUCGCAGUGACCUGCUGCAGGCCAUUCGACAAGGUUUCAACCUGCGUAAGGUGGAAGCACAGCGGGAGCAGGAGAAGAGGGAUCACUUUGGCAAUGAUGUGGCUGCCAUCCUCUCCCGUCGUAUCGCUGUGGAGUGCAGCGACAGCGAGGAUGACUCCUCAGAGUUUGAUGAUGACGAGUGGUCCGACUGAUAGUCACCCCUUUUCGCCUUCACUACCAUCUCGGUAUCUUCCCUCAGCCUUCAACAUCUUUAUAUUUACAUUCAGAUCACAUUCUUAAGUAGCAGUGAAGCAGAGAUUCACGUUCUGUGUGUCAUAUUUUUCAAACAUAGUACACACAAGUGAACUAUCACAAAUCACAUUCCUUGAACCAUUUAUUGUUAUUUAUCCAAAAUUGUUCCAAUCAGAGGUGCAAAAAUCCAAAGGUUGAGCAAGAAAGUUUGAGUGUGCCUGAUUGUGUGCCCAUUUGCCAUUGCUCUCUUUGGAUGACACAGCACUGUAAUUGAUGUGAGAGUGUUGUGUGACGUGAUGCACGUCUCUCUGCUGAGUCUGUGCGUAAGCGCCUCAUCUCUGUCCUUAUCUUGGUGUCUGUUAGAGUCAUGUGCCCUCUGCUGUCGACCAAAUGUCUGCUUUUAUCUGCUUUAGUAUAUUAGGGCGAAGGAUAAUAGACAGGGAGGACACACACACAAGCACGCAGCCUCUUCCAUACACAGUAUUUUUUUAUGUACUCAGUGGGAAGACACAAAGUGUUGAUGUCAAAACAUUUUUCGCUCACUCAUAGAUUAUAUGAUAUAGAUGUAAAGUUUAUGUUACAUAUUGAAUGAUAUCUACUAAAGAUAAUUAAUGCAAUCCUUUUAUAUUCCUUUUAUCACUUUUCCUCCCCUCACUUUUGUAUUCUUUCUUACUGUGGUUGUCAUGGGAACAAUUCACGUGUGGAUGAGAUGUGGUUGUAGUUUAUAAACAAAUUCAUGAAUUAAUUAUGCAGUGAAGUGAUGGCUCAUGGCAGACACCUGGAGUGUUUGAUAAGAUCAGCUUACUAAACAUAUGCAGACAUUUAACACAAAUAUGAUUCAUUUUGUAUUGUGUUUAGAGCCUGAUUAGACCAUCCUGAUCACGUGAGCUCAACAUCCUGUUUCGCGCUCUGUAUCGGUCUGGUCUCGCUGCCGCCCCUGAAAAACUCCCUCAGCCAAUCCUGAUGUUAGCACUUACCUCUACUACACAAAUACGUUGUUGCAUUAGACAGUAAUAGUAGAUCAGAAAAAUACAAUUUACUGAUAUGUACCAUUUGCAUGUGAUGUGUAGCUCAACAAUCCCCAUUACAUUUUCGUGGACUGCUGAAUAUCACCUUGCAGCGUCCUUGUUGUUUGUCCGAAGCAUUGUGAACAUGGAUCUGCAUAGCCGUGAUCUCAGCUUUACAGCCCUUCAUAUCUGGUCCACCAUUAAUGCCAUCAGUGGUGAAACAACAAUGAACAACGUAUUUGUACCGGGGAACAUCCUCUUCAUUGCCAACGGAGCCAGUUGAUAAAUCAAGAUUUUGCCAAAUCCAUUUGGAAGAAUGUCUCUUCCUCUAAGAAACUAUAACUUCACUUAUUGCUGCAGUUGCUCUACUAAUAUUCAGGAUUCCCACGGACAUGGAAAACCUGGAAAAGUCGUGGAUUAUUACAGUCACAUUUUAUGAGCCUGGAAAAGUCAUGGAAUUUGUAGAAAUCAUUGAAAUUUUGGAAAAGUCAUGGAAUUUUGUUGUGUGUAAUGCAGCUGUUGCUGUGACGUAAUGGCAAAUUCAUUUUCUGCAGCUGUUGAUGUAACAUAACUCUAACAUGCGUCAAUGUGGGACGACGUUUCAUUUACCAUCAUGAACGUUUCUUCAUUUGCUCCCCGCAGGCAGUGGCAGCGACUUCAGACUGAUCAGUAGAGUGAAACAGUGUUGAGCUCAUGUUAUCAGGAUGUUCUAUCCUGGUUGUUGUGUUUCAGGUCUGUGACAUAUUUCCUCUUGCUGUUUUUAUUUUUACUUUUCUGGUUGAUCAACUCAGCUCUGAUGCUUUAAUCGCUUUGCUUUGUGUAGAAUCAGGAAGCAUUUCCUCGCUGCCUGACAAGUGCCUUUUUAUACUGCAUUUCAGUGUCAGUGCAGGUUAUUUUGGUUAUCCACACUGCUCACUGAUCAGCUUCUACCAAAAAUAUUAUCAGCUUCCGUGGAUGAACUGACUGAUGUUUAGUGUGGACCACAUAUUUCUCAAGUGCCUUUUAUUUUAAAUCAGCCUGUGUUGAAGCACAAUCACACGGCAUGCUCUGCCAAAGCUUCUCCUGCCUUAAAUUUCCAAAUGAUUUUAGUUAUUUCAAUAAAGAGAGUGGAUUACGGUGA